AUGGAGCAAGGCCAAGCAGCUCACGAUGAGCUGGUAUCACAGUUCUGUGCUAUGUCAGGCACAGAUGCCUCAGCAGCACAAGAAUACCUGACAGCCAACGGAUGGGACCUUGAAGCCGCAGUGACUGAAUUCUUUGCCGAGCAAGACGAAGCGAUGCAGGGAGCCGAAACCGGACCUGUUGCCGGUCGCUCCCUCGGUGGCAGUUCUUCCCAGUCUCCAUCCACCACCCCGCAGGCGUCCUCAUCCCGGAAAGGAGGGCCGAAGAAGAGAUUUGCGACGCUGGGGGACUUUGCAUCGGGAGCCGGUGAAUCUUCAGAGGAGGACGAUUCAGUAAAUCAAGAUUUCUUUGCCGGAGGGGAGAAGUCUGGACUGGCCGUGCAGAACCCCGACGACAUCAAGAAGAAGAUUAUUGAGAAAGCCAAGAGAACUCAGUUGCCCCCCUCGGAUGAACCAAGCAGACAGUCGCACUUCACUGGUACAGCACGCACCCUUGGCGGCGACGAUGCUCCGAGCAGAAUCAUUGAAGCUCCGAGCGCGCCGGCUACGCAAGUGCCGCAACGAGUUCAAAGGACGCUUCACUUCUGGGCGGACGGAUUCUCCGUCGAUGACGGCGAGCUGUAUCGCUCCGAUGAUCCCAGAAACGCAGAGAUCCUGGAGGGAAUUCGGCAGGGUCGUGCUCCGCUCUCGAUCAUGAACGUACAAUCUGGUCAGGAGGUGGACGUGGAAAUUAAUCAACACGAGGAGAAAUACGUCAAGCCCAAGCCUAAGUACAAGCCCUUUUCCGGCCAAGGGCAACGACUCGGAAGUCCUACGCCUGGUGUGCCGACCGCUGUCUCGGCUCCAACCCAAGCCCCAGCUGCUGCACCCAGUCAGACAUCGGAGCAAUCUAAGCCUAAUAUCGAUGAAUCUCAACCUAUCAUUACCCUGCAGAUCCGUCUUGGCGAUGGCACCCGGCUCACGUCUCGCUUCAACACCACCCACACGAUCGGUGAUGUGUACGAGUUUGUGUCUGCCUCUAGCCCCGCUAGCCAGUCCCGUCCCUGGGUCCUGAUGACUACAUUCCCUAGCAAGGACCUUACGGACAAGAGUGCUGUCUUGGGGGAUAUGGCAGACUUCAAGCGGGGUGGUGUUGUGGUCCUCUCCGGCAAAGGCGGCGUCGGCAAAUCCUCCGUGACCCUGCAACUGGCCCUGGCGCUCUCCCUGCAAGGCAAAUCCGUCGGAAUCCUCGACAUCGACCUGACCGGCCCCUCGAUCCCUCGAUUAGUCGGCCUGGAAGAUGCAAAGAUCACACAAGCUCCGGGAGGCUGGCUGCCUGUUCCGGUGCAUAGUGCGGUAGAAGCCACCACAACCCCCUCCGACCAACAACCACAACCUCAGCCACAAUCACAAGAACAGCAAGAACAGCAAGAAACGCAGCCCUCCACCUCACAUACCUCCUCGCCCAUCCCUCGCGGCGCUCUCCACUGCAUGUCCCUAGGCUUCCUCCUCCGCUCCCGCUCCGACGCCGUCAUCUGGCGCGGCCCCAAAAAGACCGCCAUGAUCCGCCAGUUCCUCUCCGACGUUCUCUGGGGCGAAACGGACUACCUCCUCAUCGACACCCCGCCCGGCACCAGCGACGAGCACAUCGCGCUCGCCGAGCAGCUCCUCACGCUCUGCAUGACCUCCCCGCCCGCCGCUGCGGAUGCCAGCGCCGGCAAAAUGCCAAGGUUAGCCGGCGCCGUGCUCGUAACGACCCCGCAGGCGAUCGCCACCUCGGACGUGCGUAAGGAAGUCAACUUCUGCGUCAAGACCAAUAUCCCUACGCUGGGGGUCAUUGAGAAUAUGUCCGGGUAUACGUGUCCGUGCUGUGGGGAGGUGACGAAUCUGUUCUCCAGUGGCGGCGGGGAGGUCAUGGCGCGGGAGAUGGGGGUGAGGUUUCUGGGGAGUGUGCCGGUGGAUGUUGGGUUCGGGGCGCUGGUCGAGGGGAAGGGGAUUGGGGACGAGGGUGAGGGGACUAGUGAUGACGAUGAGGAGGAGGAGGAGGAGGAGGAGGAAGAGGAUGAUAGACUUUUGGUCGAGAGAUAUCGCGAGGGCUGGUCUUAUGCGCGGUUUGAGGGGUUCGCCAAGACGUUGAUAUCGGAGACUGAGGGGUCAUCGGAUGCAUGA